CCCAGGGGAUAUAAGUAUGGAUGCGGAUGCGGAUGCGGAUGGAGAAGGGAGGAAAAGACUUAGUCUCCUCGAAAGAGUCCGCCAUUUUACUUGGACGUGGUUUUGCAUGACUAUGGCGACGGGGGGGCUUGCUAAUGUGCUUUACACUGUGCCCCUCCGUUUCCACGGCCUGUACGCCCUAGGCUGCGCCUUCUUCCUCCUCAACAUAGCGCUUUUCGUCUUCAACGUCGUCAUGAUCUCCUGCCGUUUCUACUUCUACCCCCGCACGUUCCGCGCGUCAUUUGUCCAUCCGACCGAAUCGCUCUUCAUCCCCGCCGCCAUCGUCAGCUUCGGCAUCAUCCUGAUCAACAUCACGCAGUACGGCGUCGGGAUGGCGGGGACGGGGAUGUGGUUGGAGCGGUGUAUGAUAGUGUUGUUUUGGUUUGAUUGUGGUCUUGCUGUUACGUUUUCCAUUGGGAUUUAUCUGACCAUCUGGUCAACAACAACCUACACCAUCUCGCAGAUGACGACUCUGUGGAUCUUCCCGGCGUAUCCUUUACUAAUCAUCGGCCCGCACGCAGGAAACCUCGCGCCCAAAGUCUCCAACCCAAACACAGCCCUCACCAUCAUCCUCGGCGGCUACACAAUCCAAGGUAUCGGCUUCCUCGUCUCGCUGAUGAUCUACGCAGCCUUCAUCUACCGGCUAAUGACGCAGAAGCUGCCCAAAGAGUCGCUGCGGCCCGGCAUGUUCGUCUCCGUGGGGCCAAGCGGGUUCACCAUCUCCGGCAUCAUAACAAUGGGCCAGCACCUCCCCUCCGUCGUGCCGAGCUCGUUCAUGGGCAACAACGGCGAGCUCGCGGGGCGCGUGGGCCUGAUCUGCGCGAAUUUCAUCGGGCUGUGGCUGUGGGGGCUCGCGCUGUGGUUUUUCUUCGUCAGCGUCGGCGCGCACUGGAGUUGUGCUGCGCGCGGGAAGAUGGACUUUGCCAUGACGUGGUAUUCGUUUGUAUUCCCCAAUACGGCGCUGACGACGGCUACGUUUGCGAUUGCGAGGGCGUUGGAUGGGAAUCGCGCGAUUGAGGUUGUGGGGUGUGUGAUGACGGGCGGGUUGGUGCUGAUGUGGGGGUUUGUCGUUGUGAUGAAUGUUAGGGCUGUGGUGGUGGGGCAGGUGCUUUGGCCGCAGAAACAGGAGGAUCGGACCGAGGGCGGGUGGAAGGAACAGAGUGCUGAAGCGCGGAGGAGGGCUGGGGAUGCGGAGGAGACUGUGGGGGAGAGGGCGUUGCAGUUGGUGAAGACGUUUAGUCGGAGGGGUGGAGGGGUGGGGAGUGUACAUGCGGAUAGAGGGACUGUGAAGAGAUCGCAGACGGAUAUAGGGCAGAUGAGGAGGCGGUGGAGUUCUGUGGGGAACGGGGGGAGGGCCUGA